CUUCUCUUCCAGGCCAGCUUUUCCACCGGCGGCUGCACUCCUGGGGCCUGGCCACAGGACCCCCAUCAGGCGGCAUGUGGGCAGGGAGCGCACCACAGGACCCAGGUAAGGUGACUUGGCCUGGGCCCUUGGGGUCUGCCCCCAACCCCCUGGGUACAGGGGUAGGGGGCGCAGUGGCUGAGCUGGGGCCUUGUCCUGACCCACUGUGAGGUCCAUCUUGGCCUUGCUUUCUUCAUCUGUGAGACGUGCGUGAUGCUCAAGGCUGAGUGCAGUUCUCUUGGUGAUGGUGGGCUGCCCAACUCAGCCAUGAGGUCCCAAGGGAGGGGUUCUGCCUGGGUGAUGGUUGCCUCACAUGUGGCGAAGGGCCCUAGGCUCACAGGGGUCACCUCCGGGCCUGUCUGUUCCCCAGUUGGGCUGGGGAAGGAUGAGGAUGAGGCCAGAGGUCCAGGUGUCCCUGGCCAGUGUCUUGUUGGGAGGCAUGACUGGGGCUGUGGUCACUGGCCCCCCACAUCCCUCCCCAUGGGUGGGCUUGUUUCCGGGGCAGUCUGGGUGUCUGUGUUGGGUCCUGGGCCUUCUGGAUCUGUGGUCAGCAGAGUUAUGCUGUCUAGUCUGUGCGAGGCUAGGUCAGCAUGACCUGGCCCUUCACAGAGCCUUAUGCUGGGGAGGUGUCCCUGGGGCUGGAGGAGCCUCACACCCACCUAAUCCUCCUCCCUGACUCUCCACCUGGACCCACGGUCACCACACACCUUCUGCUUCCCAGACCAGACUUGUCAUCUCCCCACACCUCCCACUUCGCUUCAGGCCCCAGGCCAGCCCCCACGGCCAUCUCCAGGGCUGCCCACUUGACCUGAGCAUGUCCCCUAUCAGAGCCAACCCAGGCCCAGCCACUGUCCCUGCACCCCAUCUCCACACGGUGGCCCAGAAGCUUUUGUCCAGGACAACUGCAUAAGGAGCAGCUGCUGAGAGCACGACACUCUGCAGCCAGGGGCCCAAAGCUCAGAGACCAAACCUCCCUGAGACCUGUUACAGACCCGCGUCUACGUGGGGGAGGUGUGAGAUCUGGGGCCCAGCACGUAGUACGGCUCAGCACGCUUGGUCACUUCCACUUUCAGGACACAGAUAUGCUUGCAGCACCCCGACAGCUCAGAGCCCGGCCAUGUCCCCCACUGCUGGAGGGCUCACAGUCCCACCCCAGCCCCUGGCCUCACUUGGUUCCUCCACCUGCCAUCCUGGCUACUUCUCACUUGCACUCUCACCUCACUCCAUCCCUCCUGCCACCUGGUCUCUGCACAUGCUAUUCCAUCUGCCUGAAAACUGUUCCCUCUUCCAUCUGAACUGCUCCCUCAUCUCACAGAUCUUGGUUCAGGGUUAGCAUCUUGGAGGGCCCUCCAGGCUCCCCCUGCAGCAUCCCCCUCUGCCCACGUCAUAGCCUGGCCUCCGCAGCUCUUCCCAUGGCCGCAGUCCCCCCUUAUUGGUGUGGCUUUCUGCUUAAUGUCUGUAUACCCUUGAUGUUGGGAGCUGUGGGAGGGUGGAGGCUGUGCCUGGUUCUGCUCCACUUUGUGGCCCCUAGCCCUGCACAGUGCCUGGCAGGUGACAUGUGAAUGAAUGAGACUUGUUCUCUGACAGCCGCUCUUUGACUGCAGCUGAGGCUGGGGACCCCGAGAGAGAGGCAGGGGCCCCCUUUAGAGACUACAGAGUGCCACCCCGCCCCCAGCUCCACAUGAAAUUUGAGGAAACUGAGGUGGGGAAAGGGGCCCAGGGAUCCCUCCUAGAGCCACACCUCUGCCUGCCCACGCUGGGUGUCCUUGGCAGCUUGGUGUUUGUCUGGGAGGCUGGCACUGGACUGUAGCCAUUGACUUGAUGGGCAGCAGGGAACCUCAGGUCCUUGGGCUCCAAAAUCCACUGUCCAGAUGAAGAGACUGACGUUCAGAGAGGCCAGCCCAGCCAUAGCAGAGCCCAUGUUCUCAGAGAGGGACCCCAGGGGUUCUGGAAGAGGCUCAGAGCUCUCGGUUGGUCCCAUUCCCGUCUUGGGUCUGACACAGUGAGUCAUGUGGCCUCUUCCCUGGGCCCCUCGACUGUAUGCAAGCAUGGGCGCUGGGGCGCUCUCCACUCCCGGGGCUGAGGGGAGCCUCUGUGUGAUGAACACAGAGCCAGGCAGCCUACCAUUAGUAUCACAAAUACAGUUGCUCCAGGCCACGGCUCCCUUCUGCUCUGGGGAAGUGGCCUGGGCGACACUGAUGCAGGGUCUCCCCACACCUCCCUCUGGUCUCUGCCAGUGGCUCCGGUCCCCAGCAGUGCAGCCCCAGGCUCAUUGCUGGGGCCUCUCCUCCACACGCCCCCACCCCAGUGCUGUCUUGCCAAGCUGCAGCCUCAGCGCUACCCAGACGCCACUGACUGAUGGCUGCUGUCAGCUCCGAUCCGUGCAAUUCCUGCCAGCUACCCGGACAGUGGAUGGCCCAGACCUCCAUGCGCAGGGCUGACAUCCAGUCUCUCCCUGCUCUGCCCAUAGCCUUGUCUGCUGGCAGCCUCCACUCCCGCCCGGUUCAGUGAGGAACCCUGGCAGGCACUCUCGUCUCCACCUGCAAACACAUUGGCAACCCCCACUCUGUCCUCGGCACCACCCCAGCCUUCCUCACGCGGUGGCUCCCACAGCAGCCUCUGCAGUGGCCAGAGGGACUCUGUGAAGACCAUGGAGGUCUGAUUCCACCCUUUCUCUCCUACGGCUCUGGCCAAGUGCUCACCCAUGACCUCCAAACCCACCCCCACCUCUUCCCCUCACUGUGCUGUCACCCUGGCUCUGCUGCUCCUCCCACAAGUCAGGACCACUGUGCUCCCCCCAGGCCUCCCUCCCUCCCCUCCUGCAGCUCUUGGCCCGGGUAUUAUUUCUGAGGCACCUCGCCCAGGCCCCUUUUGGUGCUGCCUCCCUGCAUUAUUUCAACACCAAUACUCACACCAUCUGACCUCCUGUGUCUUUCACUCACUCACCUUAUUUGUUGCCAGUCCCCCUGCCCAGAAUGUCAGCUCCACGAGGGCAGGUUUCUGUUUUCUUAGCUGCGUCCCCAGUGCUUAAACAGCACCUGGUGCAGGACAGGCUUCUCGCAAACACUUCUCAACCAGUGAAUGAACAGACAAGUCAGUGUUCGCUGUCCUGAGGGACUGGAGCCAGGCUGGGGAGGGGUCUAGGGGGGCCCUGAGCAGGGACAGGGCCUAGGCAACUCCCACCGGCACUGGGCCCUUGGCCCCAGAACCGGAAGGCCGGCUGAGCCCCUACUUGCACCCACUGUCUUCCCCCCACCACAUGCUAGCCCGAGCACCCAGGAGCCCUGAGGCAAGGGUGACUCUGGACCACCAGACCUGGGUCGGAGCCCAGUUCCACCAUCCCUAGCUGGUUGACCUUGCACAAGUCACUUCACCUCUCUGUUUCCUCAUCUGGAGAUGAGUGGAUGGUCCCCACCCAUAGCCUGUUUUGAGACCCUCAUGGGAAAACAGGGGCCUGGGUCUCAGUUGGAAACCACCUCUGGGAGAAGCAGUCAGGGGUGGGGUAUUGGCCCCUCUGGGUUCAGAGUGAACCCCUGCUCCAUGUUCUCUCCAGUGGGCAGCAGCCACAGCCCAAAAUGAGGUGGGGGGAGACAGCACCAGAGGAGGUGAUGGGGGUGGAUGCCCCCUUGAGAUCCCACCCUGUGGGGGCCCAGUUCCUGUGUGCCGCCCCCCCGGAAGCUGCCUGGCUACUCUGGUUCCCACUCCCUGGGGGCACCAGCAGCCCCUGGCCUAGCACUCCACACCAUCCCCUGAACUGCUGGGCACCAAAGGGCUCUUGGUGAGUCUUGGGGGAGGAGAAGCAGAGGCAGAGAAGGAAGUGAGGGGGCAGAGGGAGUGAGAGGAGGGGAGGAUGGGGGUGCAUCUCCUCACACACCCACCUCUUGGCUCCUCUCCUCUGUCUGAGAAGGACCUCUCUGUCCCCAUUUCAUAGCUGAGCAAACUGAGGCUCCAAAGGGUUGGCAAGUGGUAGGCCCAGGGCUAGAGCGCCUCUGCCCCAGGGUCUUCUAAGGAAAACCCUAAGAUAAUCACAGAGUUGGAUGUGGGGCCCGAGGACUAAACGGAAGUCCAAUGAGUGGAGAGCCUAACGUUAGCUGGAGACCUGUCCUCAGCUCCCCAGGCCCUUAUGUCCUGAUCCUCGAUUCCUGGGCAGAGGUGGGUGAGGGGAGAGACAGUACCCAGGCCUUGGGUCCCAGAGGUGCGGCCCCUAAAUUCUCCCCCGGCCCCUUUCAUCUAACAAGCUUCAGCCCCUGCCUCUCAUAGUGCAGGGUUUUUAAGUGGACUGGUCACCGGCCAGACAGUGGGCACAUGGCUUUGGGUCAAGCGGCCACCCUGGAGGAAUCAGCUGUACCUGGAAAGGGCAGGGACCACAGGGCUGUCUCAGCAGCUGCAGAAACCGGGAGGAGCGGCAGGAGGGGGCCUGGGACACGGGCCACAUGCAUGGUGUCCCUGGUCAGGGAUGCUGCCCAGCAGCUCCAUCACAUCCUGUUUUCUCUGUGUGAAGGAGACAGAGUGGGGUCAUGACUCAUUCCAGAGGAGGAAACAGGCCCAGAGAAGACAGAGGGCUCUCCCAAGACCACAGAGCCCAUUGGCGGCAGAGCUGGGGCCAGAGCCAGGCCCCACCCACUGCUUUUGCUCCUCUGCACCCCUUGCCCUGGCCAGGCAAGAGGCCCCCAUCAAGCCCCACUGGAACUGAGAUGCCCCCUUCUUGCCCUGCCUUCUGAGCCAGCAGCCUGGUUCUCUCCAAUAAAUUAUUCACACUACUGAGAGCUGGCCAGCUCCGGUUACACUGACAGCAGUCCUGGGCACCUGCCUUGCCCGCCCUCCCCCUCCCUUACCCAGGACCUGGAGGGUCCCAGCUUCCCCUCCAGGGUUACUUGCUGGCCUUUAAACAUCUGGCUCUGGCUCAGGAGAUGGGGCUCCAUUUGUGGCCCGGAACAGACUUGCUGUGUGGUUUAGGACAGGAGGCUCCCCUUCUCUGGGGCCCAGUUGACCCAAGCGCUCACUUCUGUGGGUGGGUCAGCAGAGGCUUGGGGAGGGCUCAACUGGGGUCAGCACGGCUGUCCCUGUGGAGACUGUAAGGCUAAGUUGUUGCCCCAGCAUGGGCCUGCCAGGCCUCCCCCACUUCCAGUAAAUAACACCCAGGUGCUUUCCACUAGCCUUGAGGGUGAAACUCUAGGCGGAGCCUGGAGGAGAUGAAUUAUGAAUGUGCCCCCUUGAAAUCCUGGUCCCAGCCAGAAGGAGCUUGGCUGAACCUUCCCAGGCCACAGGGCCGGUACCAGCUGCUCUGAGUCAAAGGAGGCUGCAUGUCCAGCCACAGGCAGGAUAUUUGGCAGGUCCCCGUGUCCCCAAGGUCCUGAGCUUGUGACACCAGACGAUCUGGGAGGGAGCAGGUGACCACCAUGGCAAAGGAAGAUGAGGAUGAGAAGAAAGCCAAGAAAGGGAAAAAGGGGAAGAAGGCGCCGGAGCCGGAGAAGCCCAAGCGGAGCCUGAAGGGGACGUCACGGCUGUUCAUGGGAUUUCGAGACCGCACGCCCAAGAUCUCCAAGAAGGGCCAGUUCCGGAGCGCGUCAGCCUUCUUCUGGGGCCUCCACACAGGCCCCCAGAAGACCAAACGCAAGAAGAAGGCGCGCACUGUCCUCAAAUCCACGUCAAAGCUCAUGACGCAGAUGCGCAUGGGCAAGAAGAAGCGCGCCAUGAAGGGCAAGAAACCAUCUUUCAUGGUGAUCCGCUUCCCCGGACGGCGGGGCUAUGGCCGCCUGCGCCCGCGUGCCCAGUCGCUCAGCAAGGCGUCCACGGCCAUCAACUGGCUCACUAAGAAGUUCCUCAUCAAGAAGGCCGAGGAGUCAGGCAGCACGCAGGCCACGCUAGACGCCUGGCUGGACCGCUCGGGCUCCCGCGUGGGCUCGCGCAAGCUGCCCUUCCCGUCGGGCGCUGAAAUCUUGCGGCCAGGGGGCCGCCUGCGCCGGUUCCCGCGCGCCCACAGUAUCUACGCUUCGGGCGAGCCCGUGGGCUUCCUGCCCUUUGAGGACGAGGCCCCGUUCCAGCACUCGGGCUCCCGCAGGUCGCUGUAUGGGCUUGAGGGCUUCCAGGACCUGGGCGAAUACUACGACUACCACCGCGAGGGCGAUGACUACUACGACCAGCAAUCGCUGUACCGCUACGAGGAGGAGCAGGAGCCCCUCCAGGGUGCCUACGGCCCCCAUGGCCCAGCCUGGCCGCCCUACGACUACGCGCACCAGUACGUGCCUGAGGACCCCUACGACUACUACGGCCCUGACUACUACAGCGGCUCCUUCUACCCCGACUACACCUUCGGCUACGGCUACGACGACUAUGAGCCCCCCUACGCGCCCCCGUCGGCGUUCGCGUCUCCCUAUGGCUACUACGAGGCCUAUGCGGGCGAGGUGCAACCGCACAGCUACUACCCGGAGACCUACGCCCCGCCCGAGGCACUCUACCCGCCGUACCCACCCUACGACCUGGCCUACGAGCUCCCGCAUGCUGCGCCCCACUUGGAUCCCUACGGCGUGCCCCACCUGGAUCCCUACGCGCAGCCCUACGGUGUCCCCUUCGCGGAAGGCACCUAUGGUGGGGCCCAAGCAGUCUACCCCCACGAAGGGCCCUAUCUUCCACCCCAGCAGUCGGCCUUCGCGUACCCGUGGGUGCCUCCGCCCAUUCUGUCACCCCACAACCCAUACGCCCACCCGAUGGAUGACAUAGCGGAGCUGGAGGAGCCCGAGGAGGGGGGCAGUGAACAGCCGGGCACCUCCUUCCGCCUGCCCAGUGCUGCCUUCUUCGAGCAGCAGGGCAUGGACAAGCCUGCCAGGUCCAAGCUGUCCCUCAUCCGCAGGUUCCGCCUCUUCCCGCGGCCCCAGGUGAAGCUGUUCGGGAAGGAGAAAUUGGAGGUGCCCCUGCCGCCCUCACUGGACAUCCCUCUGCCCCUGGGUGAUGCAGAUGAAGACGAGGAAGAGGACGAAAUGCCGCCGCUGCCCCCGGUGCCCUACGGCCACCCCUUCUGGGGCUUCCUCACGUCGCGCCAGCGCCACCUCCAGCGUGCCCUCUCGGCCUUCGGCGGCCCCCGGGGCCUGGGCUUCAACCCGGACAUCGGCCGCCCCGCACCACGCCCGGCCACCUCGCUGGCGCGGUUCCUCAAAAACACCCUGUCGGAAAAGGAGCCCAUCCCGCGGCUCAGGGGCAGCCGGAAGGCCCGGGCGCGAGGCCCGACGGUCAGGGAGGCGGCUUACAAGCGCUUCGGCUACAAGCUGGCGGGCAUGGACUCCGAGCGCCCCAGCACGCCCAUCGUGCUGCGUAGGGCGCAAGCACGCGCGCGCAACAACAACAACUCCCACCGCCCUGCGACCCCACCGCGCACCCCACGUCUGGGCCCCAGCCCCAUCCCCGGCCCAGCGCCCACCCCAACCCUCGCCCCGCCCCUCGCCCUGGCCCCAGGCCUGCCCCCAGCCAUCUCGCCCUACAGCUCCCUCCGCCUGCACCCGCCACCCUGGGCCGCCCCGGCUCACGUGCCCCUCGCACCCCAGGCCAGCUGGCGGGCCUUGGCAGAGCCCCCACCCCUGAUCCCUGAGGGGCUCCCAGACCCACUGGCCUUCCCCGGACCGCAGCCAUCCUUCAGGGGCUCUCGCCACCGGGGAGCUGCCUUCGGCUUCCCUGGACCCUCACCCCGACCCUCACUGAGGAGCCGGCCCGGUUUGGGCUACUGCUCACCCAUGGGGCCCCUGUCCCCCCAGCCCUCCAUCCGCGCCAUCCCCUUCCGGCCGCCCUUCUCGCCACCACCCUGCCGUCCCCGCUCGCUGCGGGAGCCCCCGUCCGCAUGCCGAGCCUCACCACGCCCUGGCGCACUCCGCUCACCUUUGCUGGGCCCCCCGCGGCCGCCCUCACCGCCCCCUCUGCUGGGUCCCCGCCCGCGGCACCGCUCGCUCAACCUGCCCUCGCGCCUCCCGCGCACGUGGCGCCGCCUCAGUGAGCCGCCCACCAGGGCCGUAAAGCCCCGGCCCCGCCAGCCCUUCCUGCUGCCGCAGGGGCCUGGGUCUUGGCAUGCGGCUGCUGCUGCCCCUGAGCGCCCGGAGAGCCAGGGCGAGCCCGAGGACUCGGAGACACCCUGGACAGUGCCCCCGCUGGCCCCGAGCUGGGACGUGGACAUGCCUGCCACCCAGCGCCCACCCUCGCCCUGGCCCAGAGGCCCUGGCAGCCUCCGUGGCUUCUCCAGGCCACCCCCUGUGCCCUCGAACUCCUUCCUCCAGCCAGGGGGCCCAGUGCCCUCCCCUGCUGUCCAGGCUGAAGACCCAGCCGCUGACUCAACCUGCGUUUUCCUGGGGAGACACCAGGACCCAGGACCCGGACAGCUGACCGAAUCAGCCAGCCCCAGCCCCAAGAAGCCUGAAGAAGAGGCCUGCCCAGGGGACGCCCAUACAUCAACAGAGCCUGAGCCCCCAGCCCCAACACCCUCCAGGGAUGCCCCCUCAGAUCGGAAAGCACUGAGGCUCAGUCUCUCCAACCUGCUGGCUGCUUCUGACCAGAUGAGAGCCACAUGGCCACCAUGGCGCCGGUGGGGGACACUACCCAGUGCCCCAGCUCCCUUGGCACCCACAGGGGCCCCGGGACCCCUGCCCAAGGCAGGUGAACGGUUCCAGGCAAGUCCUGGGCGUUUUGCAGUGGUCAUGCCUCGUAUACAGAAGCUGAGCUCCUUCCAGAGAGCUGGUCCUGCCCCUCUGCAGCCCCUUGUCCAGCUGACCCAGGAGCCAGAGCCCAUCCCCAGGCCAAGAGCCUGGAGUCUGCUCUGUUCCCGCCUCUGGCUGCCUGCGGAGGCCCACCAACCCCAGCUGCAAGUACCCACCCGCCCCCUGUCCUGUUGCCUGGGCCCUGGAGCUGCCGGCCUGCCCCAUGGGGGCCCCUUGCAAGAGGUUGGCACCAAAGGCUUGUGGAGCAAGAUGCACUCCAUCCGCAACCUGCCAUCUACACAGCUCCGCGAGCAGCAGCAGGAGGACGGCGUGGAGGACAUGACGCAGCUCGAAGACCUCCAGGAGACCACCGUGCUGGCCAACCUCAAGACCAGAUUUGAACGGAAUCUCAUCUAUACGUACAUCGGCAGCAUCCUGGUGUCGGUGAACCCGUACCAGAUGUUUGGAAUUUACGGGCCGGAGCAGGUGCAGCAGUACAGCGGGCGGGCCCUGGCCGAGAACCCCCCCCACCUCUUCGCAAUUGCAAAUCUCGCCUUCGCCAAAAUGCUCGAUGCCAAACAGAACCAAUGCAUAAUUAUCAGUGGAGAGAGCGGCUCGGGAAAAACCGAGGCCACGAAGCUGAUUCUGCGCUACCUGGCGGCCAUGAGUCAGAAGCGGGGCGUCACACGGCAGAUAAAGAUCCUGGAGGCCACACCCCUCCUGGAGUCCUUUGGUAAUGCCAAAACCGUCAGGAACGACAACUCCAGCCGCUUCGGGAAGUUUGUGGAGAUCUUUCUGGAAGGGGGCGUGAUCUCUGGUGCCAUAACCUCUCAGUACCUGCUCGAGAAAUCCAGGAUCGUGUUUCAGGCCAGAAAUGAGAGGAACUACCACAUCUUCUAUGAGCUCCUGGCUGGGCUGCCUGCCCAACUCCAGCAGGCCUUCAGCCUUCAGGAGGCCGAGACCUACUACUACCUGAACCAGGGUGGGAACUGUGAGAUCUCAGGGAAGAGCGAUGCGGACGACUUCCGCCGGCUGCUGGCCGCCAUGGAGGUGCUGGGCUUCAGCGCGGAGGACCAGGACAGCAUCUUCCGCAUCCUGGCCUCCAUCCUGCACCUGGGCAAUGUCUACUUUGAGAAGGACGAGACGGACACGCAGGAGGUAGCCUCCGUGGUGAGCGCCCGGGAGAUCCAGGCCGUGGCCGAGCUGCUGCAGGUCUCCCCCGAGGGCCUGCAGAAGGCCAUCACCUUCAAAGUGACCGAGACCAUGAGAGAGAAGAUCUUCACCCCCCUGACGGUGGAGAGCGCCGUGGAUGCCAGGGAUGCCAUCGCCAAGGUGCUAUACGCAUUGCUGUUUAGCUGGCUCAUCACCAAGGUCAACGCGCUGGUGUCCCCACAGAAGGACGCGCUGUCCAUUGCUGUCCUGGACAUCUAUGGCUUCGAGGACCUGAGUUUCAAUAGCUUCGAGCAGCUGUGUAUAAACUAUGCGAACGAGAGCCUCCAGUACCUCUUCAACAAGAUCGUCUUCCAGGAAGAGCAGGAGGAGUACAUGCGAGAACAGAUCGACUGGCGGGAGGUCACCUUCGCCGACAACCAGCCCUGCAUCAACCUCCUUUCGCUGAAGCCCUAUGGCAUCCUGCGCAUCCUUGAUGACCAGUGCUGCUUCCCCCAGGCCACAGACCACACCUUUCUGCAGAAGUGCCAUUACCACCAUGGCGCCAACCCACUUUACUCCAAGCCCAAGAUGCCGCUGCCCGAGUUCACCAUCAAGCACUACGCGGGCAAAGUCACCUACCAGGUGCACAAGUUCCUAGACAAGAACCACGACCAGGUGCGCCAGGACGUGCUGGACCUGUUUGUGCGGAGCCGGACUCGGGUGGUAGCACACCUCUUCUCCAGCCAUGCCCUGCAGGCUGCCCCUCAGCGCCUGGGCAAGAGCAGCUCUGUCUCCCGGCUCUACAAGGCGCACACGGUGGCCGCCAAGUUCCAGCAGUCACUUCUGGACCUGGUGGAAAAGAUGGAGAGGUGUAACCCCUUGUUUGUCCGGUGCCUGAAGCCCAACCACAAGAAGGAGCCAGGCCUCUUUGAGUGUGAUGUGGUGACGGCCCAGUUACGCUAUUCAGGGCUGCUGGAGACUGUGCGGAUUCGGAAGGAGGGCUUUCCAGUGCGGCUGCCCUUCCAGGUGUUCAUCGACAGGUACCGCUGUCUAGUGGCCCUCCAGCACAACCUGCCAGCCAGUGGGGACAUGUGUGUGUCGGUGCUGAGCCGCCUAUGCACAGUCACACCAAACAUGUACUGUGUUGGUGUCAGCAAGCUCUUCCUGAAAGAGCACUUGCACCAGCUGUUGGAGGGCAUGCGGGACCACGUCCUGAGCCUGGCGGCCGUCACGCUACAGCGCUGCCUCCGCGGCUUCUUUGUCCAGCGCCGUUUCCGCUCCCUACGCCGCAAGAUCAUCCUGCUGCAGAGCCGGGCCCGCGGCUACCUGGCCAGGCAGCGGUAUCAGCAGAUGAGGAGGCGUCUGGUGAAGUUCCGGGCCCUGGUGCACACGUAUACGAGCCACCGGCGUUACCUCAAGCUGAGGGCGGAGCGGAGGCUCCGGGUGGAGGAGGCAUGGCUGCGGGAGCAGGAGGAGCUGAGCAAGCGGCAGGUGGUGGCCGUGGGGCACCUGGAGGUCCCGGUGGAGCUGGCUGGGCUCUUGCAAGCUGUGGCGGGCCUCAGGACAGCCCAGGGGCCCCGGGUGGCCCUUGUGCGAACUCCUCGGCUUCGGGCCGAGCCCCGGGUCACACUGCCUCUGGACAUCAACAACUACCCCAUGGCCAAGUUUGUCCGGUGCCACUUCAAGGAGCCUGCCUUCGGGAUGCUGACCGUGCCCCUGAGGACGCCCCUCACGCGGUUGCCAGCGGAGUACCAUGUGGAGGCCGUGGGCAUCUUCAAGCUGAUCCUACGUUUCAUGGGCGACCCCCAGCUGCACGGCGCCCGGGACCACGUCUUUGGGAGCUACAUCGUGCAGAAGGGACUGGCAGUGCCUGAGCUGCGGGACGAGAUCCUGGCACAACUGGCCAACCAGGUGUGGCGCAACCCCAGCUCCCACAACGCCGAGCGGGGCUGGCUCCUGCUGGCCGCCUGCCUCAGCGGCUUCGCACCGUCCCCGCGCCUGGACAAAUACCUGCUCAAGUUUGUGUCCGAUCAUGGGCGCGGUGGCUUCCAGGCCGUGUGUCAGCAUCGCCUCAUGCAGGCCAUGGUCUCUGGGGCUGCCCGCACCUUCCCUCCGACUCAGCUCGAGUGGACAGCCACCCAGGAGAAGGCUGGCAUGGCACUGGACGUGGGCUGCUUCAACGGUGACCUGUUCUCCUGCCCAGUGCAGUCCUGGAGUACGGGGGAGGAGGUGGCCGGAGACAUUCUGAGGCACAGGGGGCUGGUCGACGGCUGGCGAGGCUGGACGGUGGCCAUGAAGAAUGGGGUCCAGUGGGCAGAGCUGGCUGGCCACGACUACGUGCUAGACCUGGUGUCGGACCUCGAGCUACUCAGGGAGUUCCCUCGACGGAAAGCCUACUUCCUUGUGGGUGCGGAGGGGCCCCCGGCCUGCAGGGGAGGCCUCAGGGUGUUUGGGAACAGCUGGGACUCGGAUGAUGACGCACCCACCAAGCCCCAGCCCCAGGGGCUCGUGCCUGUAGUGGCCGACUCGGAUGGGUACUGCAGCCACAAUGAGAACGACUCGGACAGCCUUGGAGAGCCUGCUGUGCCCCACAAGGGGCUGGACUGCUACCUGGAUAGCCUCUUCGACCCCGUGCUGUCCUGCGGGGAUGCGGACCUGGAGAAGCCAACAGCCAUUGCCUACCGCAUGAAAGGGGGAGGCCAGCCAGGUGGAGAUGGCAGCAGCAGCACUGAAGGCCCCCCCAGGAGACCCCCAGAGCCAAAGCCAAUUCCAGGCCUGGACGCCUCCACAUUGGCCCUGCAGCAAGCCUUCAUCCACAAGCAGGCAGUACUGCUGGCCCGGGAGAUGACCCUGCAGGCCAUGGCACUCCAGCAGCAGCCCCUGAGUCCCACCCCGAGACCCUUCCCCCCAGAGAAACCCUUAGCGUCAGAGGCCCGGCUGAAGUUCUUAGGCACUGGACUCCCAGCCAAGCCCGUGCUCCUGCGGUUUGCUCCGAAGCCCGCAGCCCCCGCCCCUCUGGCCAAGGCCCCGAGGACGCCCACCAAGCCCGUGGCUGCCCCCAUUCUGCCCCAGGGCUGGGCUUCUCCAGAAAGCACCUCACCCUGCCUGGAGCCGGUCCGGUCUUCGACCCUCAACUCGGAGCACUUCCCGCAACCCACGCAGCAGAUCAAGGACAUCGUCAGGCAGCACCAGCAGCUGCCCCGGGGGGGCCGGCCCGAGGCCCUCAGGAAGGACGGCGGGAGGGUGUUCGUAAAGCGGCCUGAUCCCCAUGAGGAGGCCCUGACGAUCCUGAGGGGGCAGAUGAGCCCCCCAGUGGCAGCACCCGGCACCCAGGUCCCCAGAGAGGCCGUGGCCUUGGUGAAGCCAGUGACCAGCACACAGCGGCCAUCCGUGGGGCCCGCUCCAGCGCUGCCCUCGCGAUCGCUGGAGCCUCCUGAGGAUCCCGUGCAGACACGGCUGCACCGCCUCCCGAACCCCGACUUCUAUGGCUACCAGGACACCCCCUGGCAGAUCUUCCUGCGCAAAGAGGUGUUCUACCCCAAGGAUGACCACAGCCACCCCGUGCAGCUGGACCUCCUGUUCCGCCAGGUCCUGCACGACACUCUCUCUGAGGCCUGCCUGCGCAUCUCUGCGGAGGAGCGGCUCCAGAUGAAAGCCCUGUUUGCCCAGAACCAGCUGGACACGCAGCGGCCCUUGGUGACAGAGAGCGUGAAGCGGGCCGUGGUCAGCACUGCCCGGGACAGCUGGGAGGUCUACUUCGCCCGCCUGUUUCCUGCCACGGGCAGUGUGGGCACCGGGGUGCAGAUGCUGGCUGUGUCCCACAAGGGCAUCAAGCUCCUGCGUGUGGUCAAGGGCAGCCACGAGGCAAGUGGGCAGCUGCGGGUCCUGCGCACCUACAGCUUUGCGGACAUCCUCUUUGUGACCAUUCCCUCCCAGAACAUGCUGGAGUUCAACUUGACCAGUGAGAAGGUUAUUCUCUUCUCAGCCCGAGCUCACCAGGUCAAGACCCUGGUGGAUGACUUCAUCCUGGAGCUGAAGAAGGACUCGGACUACGUGGUCGCUGUGAGGAACUUCCUGCCUGAGGACCCUGCACUACUGGCCUUCCACAAGGGUGACAUCAUCCACCUGCAGCCCCUGGAGCCGCCUCGACUGGGCUACAGCGCAGGCUGUGUGGUCGGCAAGAAGGUGGUGUACCUGGAGGAGCUGCGGUGCCGGGGCCCUGACUUUGGCUGGAGGUUUGGGACCAUCCACGGGCGCGUGGGCCGCUUCCCUUCUGACCUGGUGCAGCCCGCAGCUGCCCCUGAUUUCCUACAGCUGCCUGCCGAGCCAGGCCGGGGCCGCGCUGCCGCUGUGGCCGCCGCCGUGGCCUCCACUGCUGCUGCACAGGAGGUGGGCCGCAGGAGGGAGGGCCCCCCACUCAGAGCUGGCUCCAUGGACCAUGGGGAGGACGGCCUGGCUCUUCCACCGUACACAAUGCUCGAGUUUGCCCAGAAGUACUUCCGAGACCCUCAGAGGAGACCCCAGGAUGGCCUCAGGCUGAAAUCCAAGGAGGGUCGGGAGUCCAGAACCUUGGAGGACAUGCUUUGCUUUACGAAGACCCCGCUCCAGGACUCCCUCAUUGAGUUCAGCGACAGCAGCCUCAACAAGAUGGCCACAGACAUGUUUCUAGCUGUGAUGCGAUUCAUGGGGGAUGCCCCACUGAAGGGCCAGAGUGAACUGGACGUGCUGUGCACCCUCCUGAAGCUGUGCAGGGACCAUGAGGUCAUGCGGGACGAGUGUUACUGCCAGGUCGUGAAGCAGAUCACAGACAACACGAGCACCAAGCAGGACAGCUGCCAGCGAGGCUGGAGGCUGCUGUACAUCGUGGCCGCCUACCACAGCUGCUCUGAGGUCCUCCAGCCGCACCUCACCCACUUCCUCCAAGACGUGAGCCGGACCCCAGGCCUGCCCUUCCAGGGGAUUGCCAAGGCCUGUGAGCAGAACCUGAAGAAGACGCUGCGCUUCGGCGGCCGCCUGGAGCUCCCGGGCAGCAUGGAGCUGCGGGCCAUGUUGGCUGGCCGCAGUUCCAAGAGGCAGCUCUUUCUUCUCCCCGGGGGCCUGGAGCGCCAUCUUAAGAUCAAGACAUGCACUGUGGCCCUGGACGUAGUGGAAGAGCUUUGUGCUGAGAUGGCUCUGACCCGCCCCGAGGCCUUUGACGAGUACGUCAUCUUUGUUGUCACCAACCGAGGCCAGCACGUGUGUCCGCUCAGCCGACGCGCCUACAUCCUGGAUGUGGCCUCAGAGAUGGCGCAGGUGGACGGCGGCUACGCACUGUGGUUCCGGCGUGUGCUCUGGGACCAGCCGCUCAAGUUCGACAACGAGCUCUACGUGACCAUGCACUACAACCAGGUGCUGCCUGACUACCUGAAGGGCCUUUUCAGCAGCGUGCCGGCUGGCCGGCCCAGCGAACAGCAGCUGCAGCAGGUGUCCAAGCUGGCCGCACUGCAGCACCGGGCCAAGGACCACUUCUACCUGCCCAGCGCGCGGGAGGCCCAGGGGUACAUCCCAGCCCAGCUGUACCGCACCGAGGCCAGCUCAACGUGGCUCCGCCUGCUUGGCCAGCACCGGCAGCAGAUGCAGGCACUCAGCCCCCACCAGGCCCGCGCCCAGUUUCUGGGCCUCCUCAGUGCCUCGCCCAUGUUCGGCUCCUCCUUCUUCCUGGUCCAGAGCUGCAGCACCUCGGCUGUGCCAGCCCCCUGCAUCCUCGCUGUCAACCAGAAUGGCCUCAACUUCCUCAGCACUGAGACCCACGAGCUGAUGGUGAAGUUCCCCCUGAAGGAGAUCCAGUCGACGCGGACCCAGCGGCCCACAGCUGGCUCUAGCUGCCCCUAUGUGGAGGUCGCACUUGGGGAUGUCACUGCCCAGCACACUGUGCAGCUGCAGCUGGAGCAGGGCCUGGAGCUGUGUCGGGUGGUGGCUGUGCAUGUGGAGAACCUGCUCAGUGCCCGCGAGAAGAGGCUCACGCUGCCCCCCAGCGAGAUCACACUACUCUGACCCAGCCCCCAGGCCCCUGCUGGCAGGAGGCUGGCUGUAUGGUGCCAGGGGAGCUACUGGGCCAGAACCUUCGGAGAGACCAAGAGGCAGUAGGGGGAGAAGUCCAAGUCCCCGGGAACCUGAGAAGACCAACUGAGAGUUGGGAUGGAGUUACAGCAUGUAAACCUGGGGUCAGAUAGCAGGAGGAACUUCCAGGGACUGACCAUUGGGCCCUCCUGCCACCUACCACUGUGGCCUUGCCCUGACCCCUGCUGUGGCAUGUUAGCCCCACACCAGAAGCCUAGGCAAACUGAACCUGCUUUCACUUCUCCUGGGGUCUGAUGUUCAAAUCUGUUCCAUCUCCCUGUCUAGCCCCUCAUUUGUCCCCCCCCAUCCCAGGUGCCCUCUGUACUGCUGCUGAACUCGGAUUCAUGGCUCUUGGUCAUUUCAGUGCAAAUAAAAGGUUCGUCUGGCAGCCUUUUCUCCAUAU